CAGAAACAUACGCUGACGUCAUUUUCAUGAGACGGAAGUGAGGAAUUGUAGUCGUUAGAAAUCCUGACAUGACAAAUCAAACUGAAUUCUGAAAACAUACACCAAGCCAAGUGAAAAAGAAACAGAUCUUUUGGGAAGUCUCCUGCACAAACAGAAAGGAUGCAUGGCAGAGUGAAGGUUAAAUCUACAGCCCAGCAGGAAGAGGAGAAAAGAAAGGACAGGGAGAAGAAACUGAAGAUAUACGUGGCUGCACGAGAUGCCUGUUUCUCUAAGAGAAAGGAGGGUAUUUGGGAUGAUGAGGCUCUCCAGAUCUCCCAGCAGCUACUAUCCUCCAAUCCUGACUUUGCAACCCUCUGGAACUACAGAAGAGAGAUCCUAAUGCACCUGGAGACUGUGAAGGACGAGGAUGAAGUGCAAAAGAUUUACGAGGCUGAGCUGUCAUUUCUUGAGUCUUGCCUGAAGGUGAAGCCAAAGUCCUACGGCAGCUGGCACCACCGUUGUUGGGUCUCAACCCGGUUGCCUCGACCGGACUGGGCCAGAGAGCUCAACUUGUGUGACCAAUGCUUGAACCUGGACGACCGCAACUUCCAUUGCUGGGAUUAUCGCCGGAUGGUUGUGAAGAUGUCCGGUGUGCCUGUGGAUAAGGAGUUGGCGUUUACUGAUCGUCUUAUUGGCUCCAACUUCUCCAACUACUCCAGCUGGCAUUACCGCAGCACCCUGCUGCCACUGCUCCACCCAGAGUCCCCUGAGCCUCCAUCACCUUGCUGCAAGCCUCCCCAGUCCUCCCCUCCACCUUCUCCGCAAAUCCACUCCCAUCGGGUCUGUGAAGAGCAGCUCCUCAAAGAAUAUGAGCUUGUACAGAAUGCUUUCUUCACUGACCCUAACGACCAGAGUGCUUGGUUCUACUAUCGCUGGUUGCUAGGCAGAGCGGAACGUGAAGAGAUGAUAAGCUGUGUGUACGUCAGUCGGGAUGAGGAGAGAGUGGCGGUCGCCUUCUCUCGGCCUGUUAAUGCGCAGUCUGUCGGCCUGCUGCUGGUCCUCGACGGUCUGCCCCAGAGAGUGGAGUGGAGCAGCGUCCACCCUCGCUUCAAACACAGCCCUGUCUGGAUCUGUGAUCUUCCUCCUGGAACGAUAAGCGACAUCCCAAAUGAACACAACCUGACUGUGCACUGGACUGAAAAACCCACGCACAGAGACUGUGCUCUGUACACAGGUCGAUCUGAAAGUUGGUGUCGGGACUCUGCCACGGAUCAGGAGCUUUUCAGGAGUGAACUCUCGGUAGAGAAGACCUCCGUGUUGCAGUCAGAGCUGCAAUCAUGCAACCAGCUACAAGAACUGGAGCCACUCAAUAAGUGGUGCUUAUUGACCAUUAUCCUCCUGAUGAGGGCACUAGACCCUCUGGGAUAUGAAAAAGAGACACUUGCUCAUUUCCAAACAUUGAGAGAAGUGGAUUCCAUGCGCUCUGCAUAUUACAGUGACCUUUGCAGCAAGUUUAUGAUUGAAAACACCAUCCUGAAAAUGGAGUAUGCUGAAGUGCGUGUCUUCAGUAUUUCUGACAAGAGUCUGACUACAUUAUGCCAUCUGGACCAGCUGUUAUUGGUUACCCAUAUCAAUCUGUCCUCCAAUCAGUUGCAGCGGCUGCCUCUUCAGUUCGCCAUGUUGCAGUGCCUGGAGGUCUUGGAGGCUGACGAUAACUCUAUAGAAAACCUGGAAGGAGUGUAUCACCUUCCCAAACUGGAGGAAGUCCUCUUGAAGAAUAACAAAAUCUCCACUUUGGCAGAUCUUCAGCCGCUGGCCUCCUGCCCCAAGCUGAAGUGCCUUGAUCUCCGUGGCAACCCUGUAACUCAGACGGACAACGUGGAGUCGAAGCUGGCGGAGCUGCUGCCCUCAGUCACAGACCUCCUGCUCUGAUCUGCCACCAUCUUCAUCGCCGUCGUUCUAUUGUCACUCACCGUUUUCCGCUGUGUUUGUUGUGUGUGAGAGAGAGAGAGAGCGAGAGAGCGAGAGAGCGAG